GGCCACUUAUUUUAUUGCUGACUCUACAAUGGUUGGGGAACGAAGCAGUUUCCAGCUUCGACGCGUCUCGUCUAGUGAUCCAACACGUGUACCGAGGCAAUGACUCUGAGGCCGCAGUCUGGACCAACAGUCGCCUCCAGAACCUUCUGAUGACCCAGAGGCCCGCGGGCCGCGAGGGCGAAGCCCCCAGGAUCGACCGAGGCACAACCGUCUACCGCAGAAUACUCUGACAUGCCGACAGCGACUUCUCCAGAAACAUCUCCCACCUUCUGGAGAAUCUGCUGAAGAACUACGAGCGUUCUGAACUGCCAAAUCAUGGAAAAGGAGAACCAACAGUUGUCAAAACCAACAUUCUGAUCCGCAGCAUGGGUCCUGUCUCGGAACUUGAUAUGGAGUACUCGAUGGACUGCUACUUUCGUCAGUCGUGGAGGGACUCUCGGCUCAGCUACAAAGGACCAAUCGAGAACCUCAGUCUUAGCAUCAAGAUGCUGGAGCGUAUCUGGCGACCUGACACAUACUUCUACAACGGCAAACAAUCGUACGUGCACACCAUCACGGUGCCCAACAAACUGCUGCGGAUCACUCAGCACGGAGAUAUUCUUUACUCAAUGAGACUGACGAUAAAAGCAACAUGUCCAAUGCAGCUUCAGAGUUUUCCUAUGGACUGGCAAAGUUGUCCUCUCCUUCUUGGAAGCUAUGCCUACCCAUCCCACCAACUGCAGUACCAAUGGCAGAGUGCGAAAGCUGUCUCAUUCUCUCCUGGUAUGACUCUAUCACAGUUUGAUCUGAUGAGCAGCCCUCAAAGGAACUUCACAUUCAAGCGCAGAGAAGGAGAGUUUUCAUUGCUGCAAGUGAACUUCAACUUGCAGAGGAACACAGGAUAUUUCCUUAUCCAGGUGUAUGUUCCUUGUAUCCUGAUUGUGGUACUGUCCUGGGUAUCUUUCUGGAUACAUCGGGAAGCCACUAGUGACAGGGUGGGACUGUGUAUCACAACUGUGUUGACCUUGUCCACCAUCAGUUUAGACAGUCGGACUGACCUUCCUAAGGUUCGGUACGCCACAGCAUUAGACUGGUUCCUCCUGAUGUCUUUCUUAUACUGUAUAGCUACUCUGCUGGAGUUUGCCGGUGUGCACUACUUUACCAAGGUGGGAAGUGGUGAAAUCCCGGUGGACGAAGAAGAGUGGGAAGACGUCGGAGUGGAUGAGGUGGUAGGUCUGAGUGUAGGGAUGGACCUCAGUCGAGCCCGAGCAGGUAGUGACACAGAGAGCCUCACAUUCAGAGCUGCGCGUCGUCGCUCAUCACUCAUAUGUCCAAUAUACAAUGACCCAAGUAUAGGAAUGACAGGAGGUAUAAGCGCAUCUCCCAAAAGACUCUCUCUGUCUACAGUUGGCGCUCGAGUGCACACGAGCCGCACGACCGUCGAGCGCCAGACUCAGACUGAGAAUCAAGUGCCAAAGUGGAAACAGCUCUUUUACUGUCUUGUGGGUUACGAGAACUACCGCAAGCAAAGAGAGCGGGAGGCUACGAGAGAGGUACCCAAACACGUCAACAGUGUGUCGUACAUCGACCAGGCUUCGCGCAUUCUGUUCCCAACGUCCUUCGCUGCUCUCAACCUCGCCUACUGGAUGUUCUACGGCGCUUCGCCUGAAGACUUUCAAUGGAAAGACCCUAUGUCAGUUAGCCAUUGAACACAAAUUUAUUGGUCUUUUUUAUUAUUUAUUAGAGAGAGCUUUGAGUAAUAUUUUGAUCUCUAAGCACUUUGAGAAGACAUUGGAAAGAAAAUUAGCUUUGCCAAGCAUUCAGUGAGCUAUUAUAGUAAAUUGGUUGAUGUCAGAAAUAUAGUAGAAUUCCAACCAUCUGGAUCCCCCCAAAGGAAAAAUAAAGAUGUUACCAGUACUACUGACAAAAUUCCUUAUCAAUCUUUUAACAGCUGUCGACAAAUUAGGUUUGUCACCAAAUUUUAGCGAAUUUUCCUAUAGGGAAGUAGUUAUUACCGUAGGUGGCAUGGUAAGACCUGGGCCCGGAACCAAUAUCCUUUUUAAUUUUGAUGUCCCUAGAGACCAAAAAACUAUUUGCUAAAAUUUGAAGUGUU